AUGAGCGCAAAGCCCUCAAGUGGCCCCGACGCCUGGGAGCAAGACUGGGAGAGUCAAGCCGAUACUCUCGAGGCCGAACCCGCCCCGCCUCCGCAGGAGAAGAAAGUCUCCUCCAAAGUCACCAAAGCUCAGCGCAGAGCCCAACAGGCCGAGUUUAACCGCCAACUGUGGGCCGAAGCGUAUGUACAUUGCAACCAUAUGCUUGAUUCACCCCAGACCUUCCACUUUCUAGAGGCGCGAUCAAGUGUCCCUCUCAAGCAAGAAUUCAAACCCACCGUCACGGUUCUCAGUCGCAAUCCUCAAAUAGCCACACGCCAAUCAUCCUCCGCGGUAGACGCGGCAAGCGCUGGUAUUGGACGACUGGGGCUGAACGAAGAUGACGACUCUGACGAAGAAGGCAGAUCUUCUCAGCCUACUGCCGAGGAGCGACAGGCUAUUGCCCUGCGCAAUCUAGAAGAAAAGCAGCGCAAGUAUGAGGAAGCACGCGAACGACUAUUUGGGAGCCCGUCUGCCCCCACCUCCGGCGCGUCCUCACCACGCAGUGCGACCCCACCUAAACAGCACGAAGGUCGCGGCAAAGGCAGAAGCCGUGGAAACGGGCGAGACAACAAUCGUGAGAAGCGGGAACCAUCUGUUGCGUCGGGAAAGGCUAAGCAGCUCUACGACCCUGGGUCUCCGAAACCGAACUCGACUUAUGGACCGCGAAAGGAGAAGCAGAGCGGUAUCCGACGGGAGGAAGACUCCCAGUCUCCAAAACAGCCAAUCCGCAGUCCUCGCGGCCCCGACAGCAGUGGGAGGGGCGGAUUUAGAAUGGGCAACAGGGGUGCCCGAGGAGGCUAG